AUGGAGCUGAUCGUGAAGGAAGCUCGCAAAGUCUGGAUUCCCAACCACCCUACGCACGGAUACAGGCCUGGGCAGGUGGAUGACAACGCGGAUGCAGGGGAGAAUCUGCUGGUUGUUGAUGCGGAGGGCAAGAAGUUCCAGGUUCCCAAGGCGGAGGCCCUGGCAGUGGACCCAGCCUGCUUGACGGGUGUGGACGAUCUGUUGACGUUGGGCGACUUUAACGAACCCGCUCUCCUCCACAACAUCCGCGUGCGAUAUGAGGAGGACAAGAUUUACACGGGCAUCGGGACACCCAUCCUGAUCUCUGUGAACCCCUAUCAGAACAUUCCGGGCCUUUACAGCGUGGAACGUAUGCGCGAGUACAAGCGCUAUGCUGCCAAAGCUCCCAGCCAGGUAGCAGGAGGUGGACUGCCUGUUCACCUCUACUCCGUUGCUGAUGCAGCAUAUCGUGCAAUGCUCCAGGAAAAGGCCAGCCAAUCCAUUAUCAUCUCAGGUGAAAGUGGAGCAGGCAAGACAGAGGCGACGAAGCGCAUGCUCGCAUAUUUGGCCGAGCUGCAGUCUUCAAGGCCGCAUGACACAGGAGAAAGAACCCGUUCAGUCGAGUCACAAGUCCUCGAUGCCAAUCCGGUCUUGGAAGCGUUUGGCAAUGCCAAGACGGUGAGGAACGACAACUCCUCCAGAUUUGGCAAGUUCGUAGAGGUGGAGUUCGACUCAGGCGGCAAACUGCUGAGCGCGCAGAUUUCUAACUACUUGUUGGAGAAGUGCCGCAUCGUAACGCAACAGCCCGAGGAACGCAAUUAUCACAUAUUCUACCAGCUGUGCGCCGCUGCUUCUCGGAAGGGUGAAGAUCUCCCGGAAGGGCUACAGCUCCAUGCAGCCGACGACUUUGAGUACAGCAAGGUUUGCUUGUCUAUUCCGGGCGUGGAUGAUGCCGCAGAGUUCGCCAGUGUCCUGGAGUGCAUGGUCAGCCUCGGCUUCUCCAAAGAGGAGCGCGACACCAUCUUCAAAAUUAUUGCCGCUGUGCUCCAUCUUGGGGAAGCCCAGUUUACGCAUUGCGUCCGAGAAGGGCAGGAUGGGAUCUCUGUGGCAGAUGACAGAUCUGUUUCUUUGGCAUGUGAGUUGCUGGGCCUCCCUAUAGAGCAGAUGCAAGAUGUCUUGGAGCACAAGACCUUGGAGGACCCACUGACAAGGAAGAUCAUCAAAAUGCCGCAAGAUGCGGCGUCAGCAUCGUUUACUCGGCACUCAAUGGCAAAGGUGAUCUACGCUCGCUUGUUCGACUGGCUUGUCUGGCGCAUCAACGAGAGCAUUUGCAACAAAGGAUCGCAGAAAGACAUCCGUAAGAUUGGCUUGCUGGACAUUUAUGGGUUUGAAGUGUUUGACUGGAAUUCGUUCGAACAGCUUUGCAUCAACUUUGCUAACGAGAAGCUCCAGCAGCAUUUCAACAUGCACAUGUUUACCCUUGAGCAGCGGUUGUACACCUCCGAAGGAAUCACAUGGGAUCAUAUACAGUACCAGAACAACCAGCACAUUAUUGACACCCUGGAGCGCAAACCACUCGGGCUCUUCUGCCUUAUAGAUUCAGAGUGUUUAAUGCGCUCAGCCACCGAUGCCACGCUUCUUUCCAAGAUCCAGAACUCUUACAAGAACUCCAAUGUCAUCUCAAAGGCAUCAAGGUUUGCGACAACGGAGUUCAAGAUUUCUCAUUAUGCGGGGGACGUAACCUACAGUGUGGACACAUUCCUUGAGAAGAACACGGACAAGCUUCAUGCCGAUGUGGUGACCUUGUUCAAAGAGUCGAAGCUGGAAAUGGUGAAGAAACUCUUCACCGACCCUCGCUUCUCACCUGAAACCAAGCCAGCUGCAAGUGCUGCGCGGCCACUGCGUCGUCAAAGUACACGCACUGGUACCGACGACCAGCGCCGAGAGCGGCAGAAUGUGACUGUCAGCAUGAUGUUUCGGGAGCAGCUCGAUCGGCUUGUCGAGGAUCUCAACAAGACGAACCCUCGCUAUGUCAGGUGCAUCAAGCCGAAUGCUCUUAAGCAGCCAAACGAACUGGACUCCCUGGAUGUACUGAGGCAGCUGAGAUGCGCGGGCAUGCUGGAGUCGAUUCGCAUUCGCAGAGCAGGCUAUGCGGUGCGCAGGCCGUUUAAGGAGUUUUUCUCUAGAUUCCGGAUCCUGGCACCGCACUUGGUAGCCACAGGGGCUGACCCUGACUACAGAAGCCUGUGUCAGCGUCUUGUGGCAGAGGUCGAAGAGCGACUAGGCAAACAAGGUGUUGCUUUAGAGGAGAAGUCGUGGCAGAUGGGCCAGACGCGUGUCUUCAUGAAGGAAGACCUUGAGAGACGCAUGGAGCAGAUGAUCGUGGAGUCUGCCAAACGACAGGUGCAAACAAUUCAACGAUGCUGGCGAGGUUUUGCCGACAGACGGAGGUUCCGCGUAUGGCGAAGUGCAGCACUCCAGUUCCAGGCGGCUGCUCGCACAGUCAUCAAGGUCCGCAGCUUCCAGAGGAUUCGAACAGCAGCACUGGACGUCCAAGCCUCCAUGAAGGCAGUGCUGGCCAAGGCACGUCUUCAGAGGCAGAAGGAAGCCUCCAUCGAGAUCCAGUCAGCUCUACGAACAGUUUGGGCACUGGCGCAGCUGGAGCAGCUGAAGCGCCAGGCCGCGGCCGAGGCGGCCGCCGCCGAGGCAGCAGCGGCGGCCGAAGCUGCAGCCGCCGAGGCGGCGGCGAUGCAAGCGUCUGCAGCCCAGUCGGCUGCUGCUCAGGCGGCCGCUGCCCAGGCGGCUGAGGCCGCAGCCCAGGCCCAGGCAGCCGCGGCGGCAAAGCCAGCGGCCGCGGAGCCGGAGUUCUUUGCAGACCCGGCCAAUGUGCGAGUGUUGUCCGCAGAUGGGGAGCGUUCCCCGAUGUCCAAGCAGGGAGCGCUCCCUGAGGGACAGCGGAACGAGACGAAAGAUGAAACUCCGCCUUCGAACACUUUCGCAGGGGAUCUGGAGUUGAGCAUGCGAAAGCUGGAAGCAUCGCCAAAGACGGGCCUCGGCACUGUGAAUUUGGAUGCCAGCAUCCGAAAUGCGGCGCUCAACCUCGGCGGAGGAGGCGCUCUGGACUCGUUGCGGUCGGAACUCAUGGCAAGACUCGAGGGAGGUGCACGGGAAGGAGGUAUUGAUCCUUCGCACCCACUCAGCAGCUCGCUGCGACAUGCAGAGGGCAUGCCUUUGAAGGGCCAACUGGUGACGAAUGGCAAGUCCUCGCUACAAGGUCUUCCGGAUGAGGAGGAUUUCCCGCUGAGGAAAACCAUCAUGAACCAGCGGAAAAUCAUGGAACAGCUGCAGCAGCAGUUCAAGGAAGCACUCGUGGUGAAGCCGGGAGAAGAGGAAAUCAAGCCUCUCGAGGAUGGGGAGGCCAGCCAGCAGAUGCAGCAGCUGCAGGAGGAAAUCCGGAAGCUCCGCAGCACCAUCGGAACGCUCAAGGCGAGCCUUAGCAGUUGCCAGCAACAAGAAGCAGCGCGGGCGUCGGAAGCAAGCGAGUACCUGGAGAAGGUUGGUUUGCUCUCCGCCCAGUUGGAGGACAUUCACCGCACGCACAGGGAGGAGCUGAGCAACGAGCGGAAGCGGACCCAGGAGCUCCGAGGAGAGGUCGAAAGGCUAAGCAGAAGUUUGCAAGACACGCAAGGAGAGGCUGCCCUCUGGCGGUCAGAAGCACAGCAGGCCACAGUCAGCUUCACCGCUGAGAAGGAGCGACUGGAAGAGCUGGAGCGGAGCCGCAAGGACUUCGUCUUGCAGGACUCCGGCCAGUCUGGCAAAGACGUGUGCUCCUCCCGGCGGCUGUCGGCUCUGAAGGAAACCCAGGCUAACUGGAGAGAGGAGAAAGACAGGUUACUCAGAGAUCUACAGGCCAAAGACCGGGAGCUGCAUGGUCUGAAGCAGGCCCUUGACAACAUUGGCUCGAGCCGUGCGCCUCUUGAAGAGCUCCAGAGGUGGAAGGCAGAGGCUCAGAGACUACAAAAGCAGGUGGACCAGGCGAAGCGGACUUCGAGAGAGUACGAGUCCGUUCGGGACUCGGUCAGAGCGCUGUGCUGGGAGCGUACAGUGUGCUCCAAAGGCUGUUGGACAUCUGCAAAAUGCUGCGGCGCUCUUGGCACAUAUGGCCCCGUAUCGGACUCGCUGGCUGAUGUGCUCGCAAUCGUGAGGCCUCCAGUCAAGGUGGCGAAAGACAGGCAGAACUCGGAAAAGCAGGCUCAAGAGCUCAAGAAGAUGGAGCUUGAGAAGAAGGAUCUGAAGGAAAUCCGCCUCGACCCUGCUCUUGGCACCACUCCCGGCUGGUCUUGGCAGGAUCAGAUGGAAAGUAUCCGGACCGCAUCUGAGUACUUUCAGAGCCAGUACAAGGCCACGUACGCCGAGUUGCAAAAGCAGAAGGCCAAAGCCGCCGAAGUCACAGAAGGUGUCGGUUCGAUGGGUAUCAUUCCUACGAAAGAGCAAGAUCUGGAGGAGGCACUACAGCUUGGCAUUGAUUUCUCUCUUCGAGAAGGCUACGCUUGGCCCGAGGACAAGGAACAUUGCGAGGAGUAUGGCCGCAUGUUGAACGCCGAUCCUGGGAAGGUUUCCAGCCGAGCAAAGAAGCGUGGGCUGCCUCAGCUAGGCACACUCGGCGCAGGGAACCACUACGCCGAGAUCCAGGUGGUUGAUGAAAUCUACGACGAGUUCGUCGCCAAGAAGAUGGGCAUUGACCAAAAGGGACAGGUAUGUGUCAUGAUCCAUUCUGGCAGCCGUGGACUGGGACAUCAGGUUGCCACCGAUGCCUUGGUGGACAUGGAGCGGGCGAUGACGCGGGACAACAUCCGCACCAAUGACCGUCAGUUGGCAUGUGCCCGAAUACAGUCUGACGAGGGCCAGAACUAUUUGAAGGGCAUGUCUGCAGCUGCCAACUACGCCUGGGUAAACCGUUCUUCGAUGACGUUCCUGACGCGCCAGGCUUUCGCCAAGGUCUUCAAUCAGUCUCCUGAAGAUCUGGAUAUGCACGUUAUUUACGAUGUCUCCCACAACAUCGCCAAGGUGGAAGAACAUUUCGUAGAUGGCCAGUGCAAGCAGCUGCUGGUGCACAGAAAAGGCUCCACCCGAGCCUUUCCGCCGCACCACCCGCUGAUUCCUGUGGAUUAUCAGUUGACCGGCCAGCCCGUCAUCGUCGGAGGCACCAUGGGCACCUGCUCGUACGUGCUGACUGGUACCGACAAAGGCAUGAGAGAAACGUUUGGCAGCACCUGCCACGGAGCUGGGCGCGCUUUGAGCAGGAACAAGUCGCGGAAUAAUCUGGACUAUGGUGACGUCCUGAAGAGACUAGAGGACAUGGGCAUCUCGAUUCGAGUCGCCUCGCCAAAGCUCAUCAUGGAAGAGGCUCCAGAGAGCUACAAGGACGUGACGCAGGUGGUGCAGACUUGCCACGAUGCCGGCAUCUCCAAGAAGGCUAUCAAGCUCAAGCCGGUUGCUGUCGUUAAGGGUUGA